AUGUCAAAAGCAGCCAUUGUGCAAGAUCCACUAAAAAAAAGACGUGUUGUUAUUCCUCGUGGUCAACCGGAAGAACGUUAUUGUGUGUUAAAUUACGACUGGUUUGUUGAUAUUCAAUUACUCAAACGUCUUCGUAACAAUGAAAAUGAGCUUGAAUCAUCAGUAUUCCCCUUCGAUGAAAUGUUUGAAUCGCAUUGGCAAAUGUACUUGGAACAUCAGUCUCAUCCUUCACGUAUUCGGAUCGGCCUUGCUAUGCUCUCACCAAGAGAUAAAAGUAUUCGUGCCGAUGUCAAGUUGAUCAUUAUCACUACUCAUGGUGGCCAAAUUAUCAUGGAACAUAUUUUCUAUGAUCAUUGCUUUUUUCUCUCACAAGGUGAAUCCAUUUCAUCAUUUAUCAGCGAAGAAAUAUCGCCAAAAGUUUAUUUGGAUAUAACCGGUGAAUUGUACAAAGACAUAUUGAAUGAUCGUCAAACAUAUAAUGCUGAUGAAGUAACAAUUAUUGCGAAUGUUCGAUUUGCCAAUGAGAUUGAGAUUCAACCUAAAACGAAAGCACAUGAUUUUUCACGACGAUUUACAACUGAAUGGAAAUUAACAAAACUACGAACGAUUAUUGAACAAAUAAAUCAAUCGAGACCACCUGUGGGAAAUGAUCGACGACUUGUAAGUGAUAAAUUUACGUUUUAUCAUACAAAAAUUGUUGAUAAUUUCAAAACAAAACUGUGGAGAUUGUUCAUCAAGUAUCCAUCAGCCAAGCAACCAUUGGUUCUAACAUUAAAGACAAAUAAUUAUCAACAUUCCAAUUACGCAAAAGUGGAAAUAGCAUGUAAGAAGGAUAAUCAAGUUUUACGCAAGUUUACUCAGUCAUUCGAAGAUUUAUCAGAAAAUUAUAUUACAGAAUUUUUUACAUUGGAUGAAUUAAGUACAAAUAUUUAUAAAUAUUGUUAUGAGUUUAAUGAAAAUAAUGGUCGAUUUUUUACAAUUGAAUAUAUUCUGUUAUCAAUUCAAAUUGUUCAACAAUUAAGUAAACAUGAUUUCCCACGAACAGUGAAACGAAUUAUCGAACCAACAAUGAUUUCAUUGACACAGAAUGGGACUGUUCAAACUAAAGGUGUUGCACGAAUGAUUAAUCACAAAUCAUUAACUACUGGUACAAAACAAACAGAAGUAGAUCGUAGCAUAUCUAGAGGAAAUACAAUGACAAGAACAGCAUCCGUGCUAUAUCAUGAAAACACUAAAAGUCCAGAGCGAAAAAAUGGUCAUGCUAGUAGAGAAAAUUUCAAUGAUAAACAAUUUGUUGCUGAUACGUGGUCUGAACAAAUAAAAGCGCCACCACCUCUAUCUAAUAAGUGGGAGCAAUAUUUUGAUGAAAGUAUUCAACAGAAACAAUUGGAGCAGAAUGGAGAUCAAACUCAUAUAAGUAGACUUGAGCAGUAUAGUAAACAAACAUCUCAUGAUCAACUAUUUCCUUCAAUAGUAUCUAAAAACCAUUAUACAUCAAAUGGUAAUUCUUCCUCAUCAUCGGAGUAUCGUUACAAUCACACAGAAAUGAAAUCUUUGGCAGAUAUUCAUGAAAAAUUGAGUAAAAGUCCACAACAAAAUCAAAAGUCACCAAGAUUAACAGUCAAUAAACAGACGCGUUUUGCUCAACCAUCGCGUCUUUCAGCAAAUACAGCUAUUCGUCGACGAUCAAGUGAUACAAAUCCACCAUUGCCAUCUAUCUCAUUUUCAUCCACAUGGGAUUUACCCGAAAAUUUUACAUUUUUAAGUAAUUUAUUUCAUUCCGGUCUACAUUCCGAUGUUACAUUAAAGAAACAAGAUUACGAAUGGAAGUUACAUAAAAAUAUUCUUUCUUCGCGAUCAACUUAUUUCAACAAAUAUUUUUCUUCGAUAACGACUGAUACUUCAUCAACAACGAAUAAAGAUUUGACUAUAUCACUUGAUGAUGAUUUACCAUGGAUUAUUCUUGAUAAAAUGUUUCUAUUUUUAUAUACAAAUCAAUAUCCUUUAUUUUUCGCUCAAGAAACAACAACUAAAAAAAAGGUGAAUAAUAGCCCAAAUCGUUCAGCUAGUUCAUUAAAACUGAACAUAUUUGACUGUACGAGAUUAUUGUACGAAGCAACAUUGAAAUAUGGUAUUGAUAUUCUAUCAUCAUUAUGCAUUCAAGAUUUAUGUACCAACUAUUUAGCGGUAAACAAUGCAGCCAAUCUUCUCAUCGCUGUUCAUUUAGGAUGUGAUAAAAAAGGAUUACAUACCACAGAUUUUAUCUCAAAUAUGACUGAACAUAAAAAAUCGAUAUUAAAAUUUAUUCAAUUACAUUCAAAGGAUGUAAAUAGAGAGUUAUAUAUACAAGUGUCAAGUUUUUAUGCAAUUCUUGUUAUUGAAUGUCGAAAAUAUCAGCGUAUCUACUGUGUAAUAAAAACAUAUGGAAAAAAUUUGAUAACAAAAGCAAAUGCAGUUUAUCAAACAUGGGCUAAACGUUGUGAUAAACAUGUAUUUUUAACAGCAACAAAUUUGAGUACAGCAACUAAUUUAUCUGUAAUAAUUCUACCUGAUGUUGAAGAUGAUUAUCUCGAAUUAAGUAUAAAAGUAUUUGAUGCCAUAAAUAUUAUUAUGAAACAACAGCCUUAUAACUUUGAUUGGCUUCUAAUUGCUGAUGAUGAUACUUACGUGAUUAUGGAACAAUUACAUCGACUACUAAAUACCGUUAGUGAUUCUACUAAACCAGUUGCAUUUGGUCAUUUAUUCGCACCAAAACGUGCAAAAACACAUUUUAGUGGCGGUGCCGGUUACGUGUUUAAUACUCCUGUUUUAACAUUAAUGAAUCCUAGUUUACAAGAGACAUGUGGCGAAUGGUAUGUACCAGCAAUGGAAGAUGUACAAAUGUCACGUUGUCUUCAACAAUUAAAUGUACCAUUAAACGACUCGCAUGAAUUUAAUUUACAUCGAUUUUAUCCGUUAUCAUUUACAAGCUUGUACAAAUCAGAAUUUCCUCAAUGGUAUGCCGAUUAUAAUACGCUACCAAUUUAUGAUGGAUACGAUUGUUGUAGUUCGAAUGCCAUUAGUUUUCAUUACACACCACCAGAGACAAUGAAUUUAAUCGAUUGGGCAAGAUACACGAAUAUACAAAAUGAUUGA